AUGGACAAGUUGCAUAUCAGUGUGAUACUCAGAUGCCAGUCCAGUGUAGGAUAUGACACGGGACAGUUACGAGAUGAAGCCCAAUCGGCCCACACGUGGAAGCUCCUUCUUCGUGGUGGUGCUGUGGAUCUUAAUCACGUUUAUGAAUACCCGGACUAUAAGACGUGUCUUGAAAUUGCCAUCUCAGAACCAAACAGGCAAGAAUUUAUUGAUUAUUUACUGGAGCAGAAAGUGGAAGUAAAUAAAAUCAAUGAAACAAAUGGCUUUGCCCCUAUACAUUUUGCAAUAGAAAAUGGUAACAUUAGGGCUUUGGAAGCUUUGCUAGACGAUGAUCGGAUUGAGGUUAAUCUUAAAAGUAAGGGAAAUUCGCCGUUAUUAAUGGCAAUAAAGAAAAUGGAGGAUUUGGAUAAUGACCGCGAACAAGAAUUAAUUAUUUACGAGAAUAUGAUAGAGCUUCUCCUUAAAAAAGGUUGUGAUGCGAAUAGCUCAGACUUAAAAGGUGUAACCCCAGUAUAUUCCGCAAGCAAGCAAGGUCUAGAAACAGUAGUGAUAUUAAUAGCCGAUUAUGCUAAAAAACCUAUUGAUAUCGAUUCAUACAAAGACCGAAAAGGAAAAUCAGCACGUGAUUUUCUCAAAGAAGCUUUCCCGCAUCUGGUUAGAAAGUUUGGAAAUGAGGAAGUAGAUAUAAAUGUAGAUAAAUUAUUUUACUACCUCAGUAAAGAAGACGAAGAUAAUUUUAUUCGCGGACUUAAAACUAUGGCAGCGAAGAACGAACAUAAUUCUGUAUUAAAUGCUAAUAAUGGUGCAAACACUUUGCUACAGUUAGCUACUGAAAAAGGCAUGGACACAGCAGUCGCUACUUUAUUAUCACAUGGAGCUGAUCCAAGCUUAACAUUCUCAGGCAAUUCAGAAAAACCUAUAGCAAUAGCUUGCCAAUACGGAUAUAAAGGUAUCCUUAAAAUGUUUGUUGAUAAGGAAACUACGUUCGAUUCGGGAACUGCUGAUUCGCUCCUGCAAAUCAUAGUGAAAGGUAUGAGAUCUUAUCACAAGAAUGAAAAAGCUGAUCACAAAGGAUGUUUGAAAUUAUUAUUGGACAACCAGUCUAAAAUUAAUAUCAACGUUAAUCACCCUGAUAUUAAACAAAAUACAGCGCUACAUUAUGCAGCAAGAAAUGGAGACCAAGAAACAGUCUUAGAAUUAUUAAGGAAUGGGGCGUGUGUUGGCUUGCGCAAUAAGUUUAACGAACCACCUCUUGCAGAUAUAAAUGCUAAGACACUGGAAACUUAUUUGGACGAAUGUGUUACGACGAACGGCGAACGACCGAGUGAUGAUAAUUACGAAAUACAUAUGCAAUAUAGAUUUUUAGUUUAUCCAAAUAAUUCUGUUGAAAACGAAACGUGUAAAGUACCACUAAUGGAUAAUUGUAACAAUAAUAUAAAAGAAUUUGAUUCUAUUCUUGCACCCGAAACAGAUGCGUUGCUAUAUAUGACACGCAAUGAAGAGUUGCGCCCGCUUUUAAAACAUCCAGUCAUCACAAGCUUCUUAUAUUUAAAAUGGCAACGGAUCAGUUGUCUAUUUUACGCAAACAUAACAUUUUAUUCUUUACUUUGGCUCUGUCUUAUUCUUUACAUAAUUUUAGGUUAUGGUGUCGAAAAGAAACAGUCCGAUUCGAUAGAAGUGUUGAACGUAAUUACGCAUGUCGGUGCAAUUAUCGGUUUAAUUUUAUUGAUAUUGAGAGAAGUUUUUCAACUACUAGUGUCACCAACGAGAUAUUUGCAAAGUAUUGAGAAUUGGAUGGAAAUAACUUUAAUAUUCGUUACUGCUGCUAUUGUUUGUUACGACUCAGCAGAAGAGUCUACUAAACAACAAUUGUCUGCUGUGGCUAUAUUACUAUCAUCCGCUGAACUAGUAUUACUCAUUGGGCAGUUCCCUACUUUAUCAACGAAUAUUGUUAUGUUAAGAACAGUGUCAUGGAACUUUUUUAAAUUCUUGCUUUGGUACUGUAUAUUAAUUAUAGCAUUUGCUUUAAGUUUCUACACAUUGUUUAGAAAGGAAGAGGAAGAAGAUCAAACCGCCCCAAACCCUAAUAGUAAUGGUAAAGAAGAAGAGGAAGAGCAAGACUUUUUUGAAGAUCCAGGUAGUUCGCUAUUCAAAACUAUAGUUAUGUUGACAGGAGAAUUCGACGCCGGAUCUAUAAAAUUCAGUACAUUCCCAGUUACAAGUCAUUUAAUAUUUAUUGUGUUUGUGUUUAUGAUUCCUAUUGUACUAUUUAAUUUAUUAAAUGGUCUAGCGGUAAGCGAUACACAAGAAAUUAGAGCUGAUGCCGAGCUUGUAGGAUAUAUAUCAAGAGUAAAGCUUAUUUCAUACUUUGAAAGCGUAUUGAUAGGUAACGUGAGUUCGUAUUCUAGACCAAGCUGGUGUUGGUCUUAUCUUCCAUCCUACAUACAAGAUAUGAAUAUUAUAAAACCUAAAAUGUUGUGCAUAAAACCUUUUGCAAGACGUAUAAGUCUUUUCCCAACCUUUUUGCCGCAGUACCGGAUAAUAGUGAAGCCCAAUCAAGAUAACAAAAUCGAAAUACCGCAUGCAGAUUCACACAGAAAGUUUACAGAUGAUGAUGAAGACAUUGAGAGCGGUGGUUCAUGUUGCUUUGAACGGUGUCAAAACUACAGAUUAGAUCCCAGGAUUGUGAAACACUCUAAAGCUGUGAUAAGUAAAAAGACAACUAGGACCGAGUUUGAUGAAAUUAAAGAUAAGUUGUCACUGUAUGAAAAGAGGUUUGAAAACUUAGAAAGUUGGUUGAAGAAGGUUCUAACUUCAGAUUCUUAUCGUAAUUAA